CUUGGCUGUUUGUUCACGAUGCGCCCCGCUCACGCCACGAAGGCCCUCGACAUCUCCGUCGGCACAAGGGUGGAGGCAGACGGCGGACUCACGCCUCUCGUCCUCCUCGUCAGUGCCGUUGCCGCGAUUGGCGGCUUUGUGUUUGGGUACGACAUCGGCGGCGGCGGUGGUUCCUUUGCGAUGGAGGGUUUUCAGACGCAGUUCGGCUGGGCAAACAAGUCCGAGGCCGUGAGAGCCGAUGAGAUCGGAUGGAUCUCGGCGCUUUUGACUCUCGGGGCCGCCGCCGGCGCGGCGCCGUCGGGCAUCCUCUCCGACCGUGUCGGGCGACGUCCUUGCAUCAUCACGAGCGCCCUCAUCUUCUCGAUCGGUGCGAGCCUGCAGGCCUUCGCGUCGGGCUCGCCGUCAGCGUCGCUGGCCCAGCUCUAUGUCGGCCGGCUGGUCGGAGGGUUUGGCGUUGGCAUGCUCUCGACGACGGUGCCAGUCUACAUCGCCGAGUGCGCGCCCGGCAGCUGGCGCGGCUCGCUCUCGAUGUGCUGGCAGUUUGCCAUCGUCAUCGGCAUCGUAGUCGCGAGCCUCGCCAACGUGCCUCUCGCGCACUGGGAUCAGGGGUGGCGCGUCUCGUACGGUGGCAACGUGGUCUUCGCCUUGCUGCUCGCACUGCUGAUGGUGUGGAUGCCAGAGUCGCCCCGCUGGCUCGGCCAACGCGGCCGCGAGGCCGCCCUCCGCCGCACCCUCUCGCGCCUCCGCUCCUCCACGCUCGCCGCGGAGGAAGAGGCGACGUCGAUCGAGGCCAAGGCGGCCGAGGAGGCGGCGGGCGGCGCGAGCAGCUGGCGCGGCCUCCUCCGGCGGCCGCUGGCGAUGCGGCACCGCAUGCUGCUCGGCGUCGCGCUGCAGUGCUGGCAGCCGCUCGCGGGUAUCAACGCGAUCAUGUUUUUCGCCCCCAAGAUCCUGCUCGCCUACUUUAGCGCCGAGGCCGCCCUGUGGGGCACACUUGGCAUCAACGUCGCCAACGCCGCCGCGACAGUCGUCGCGCUGGUCGGGGUCGACCGGCUGGGCAGAGUGCCUCUCCUGCUGGCGUCGGGUCUUCUGAUGUGCGUCUGCCACCUGGCGAUGGUCGCGCUGGCCCUCUCGCCGCCCUCGCAGCAGCUCGGCUACGCGGUUGUCUCGGUCGCGUCUCUCUUUGUCGCCUCGUUUGCGUUCGGGUGGGGGCCGCUGCCGUGGACGGUGUGCUCCGAGAUCUUCCCCACGAAGUACCGCUCCAAGGCCACCGCGGUGACGACCGCCACCAACUGGCUCGUCAACACCGCCGUGGGCAAGGUCUUCCCGCUCCUCCCCCUCGCGACCGCCUUCGCCAUCUUUGCCGCCGCCUGCUUCGCCGCCUGCGCCACCGUCUUCUUCUUCCAGCCCGAGACGGCCAACCUCGGCAUGGAGCAGAUCGACGAGGCGUUUGAGAGCCACCGUGUCCGCCGCGUCUCGGCCAAGCUCUGGAGCGCCGACCGCCGCGCGAGGAUCCGUGCGGAGGGGCGGCGCCGCAUGCGCGCCGCGGCGGGUGCCGCGGUGGUCGCCUAUGCGUCGGAGGUCCGCGCGGCGGGCGGGGACGGCGCGGCGGGGGUGGGGAAGGGGGAAGAGAAACGGGAGUCCAUCGUGUGAGGGACUCCGCCAUCAGUAGGAAUGCGAUAUGCGUGUGGAGCGACGCAAGGUGAGCACAUUCCCACUUGUAAUUUAUUUCCAAAUUUGUGCUUGGAGGAUUGGAC